AUGUCUGCUGUCGAUACUUCAGAAAUCAGUACUUCUAUUCGUAAUGCAGUUCAUCAUUUAAAACAACUCGGUGAGUCUCUUGAAAUCAAUACAUUUAACGAUACUGAUUUAAAUAACAUCGAUCAUGUUGCUGAUACACUUAUGGCUUUGGAAAAAGAAAUCUUAAAAUUAUACGUUGAUUAUGAAACAGAAUCAAUUGAAUCUAGUCGACUUCGUCAUCGAUUAAAACUUUUGCCGAAUUCAAUUAAAAAUGAAAUUCAAAUCGCUGUUAAUAUGGCAAGAGAAUCGAAUGUUAGUGUCAUACAAAAAUUACAGAAAGAACUCGAUACACUUCUUCAAAGAGUACGUGCAUAUACUGAUCAAGAUAAAGAAUUAACUGUUGCUAUCAAUUCCUUACAAGCAGAAAAAAAUGCAUUGCAACAACAAUAUGAUUCGACAAUUACUGACGUUAACCAUCGUGUUUGUGAUAAAGCUACGUUACAAAUAGCUUUAAAUGAGACACGAGAUGCUGUUCGAGAGACGAAUCAACAUACAUUUGAUUUAGAAGAAGAUAUAAUGGCAUUAAAAGAAAGUCUAAUGCAAGAACGAAACGAAGCUCGCCAGGAAAAAGUUCGUCUUGAAGACGAAAUCGUAACUACAUCCAAACGAUAUGACGAACAAGAACAAGCAAAUGAUUUACUAAAAAGAGAUGUUGAUGCUGCUACUCAUAAAGUGUCCGAAACUGAAUUACAAUUGCGUACAAUGUAUCGAGAACGUGAACGAUUUGAUAAUGAUAAUGCCGAAAUAAGAAAAAAAAUUGAGGAACAAAAUGAAUUAUUAGAAAUGGAAAAACGAGAGCAUGAUCGGUUAUUACAAGACCGGCAAGAAAAUUUUCAAUCAAAAAGAGAUAUAAUCAAAUUUUGUUUUUGUUUUUCAAAUAGACUUCAAUUUACUGAAUUAUGCGGUAUAGCAUUACUUGAUUUUCAAACGAAGAAAGAGUCACUUGAAAAACGAGCAGCAAUGGCUCAUGAACGAACAAAUGAAGAAACAGACAGAUUGAAAUCACUUAAACAAAAACACGAAGAAGUGGUUAAACAGAUUGAAGAACAAGUUCAAGUAUCAAAAAUUUUAGAACAUUCAAAAUCAGAAACAGGAAAAGAACUAGAAGAAAUAAAACAUGAAAUUGCAACUAAGCUUGAGAAAACAGCUAAACUCAAUUUGGAUAAUGCUGAAACAACAAAAGAACUUGAUUCAAUGAGAGAAGCUCAUGAGAUGAUGAUCGAUUCAUUAAAAUUACAACUAGCGACACUUGAAAAAGAACUUCAACAUAUUCGACAAACUCGUAUUUCGAAACAAAAAGAACGUGAAGCAUUACUUAAAACAAUCGAACAAACGAAAUUAACCUCAAGAAAUAAUGAUAUACGACAUAAUCGUUUUGUCACACAGACAACAGCUAAAGUAACUGAUUUAAGUGAACGAAAAUCAAUUCUCGAUCGAAAUGUUCGAGAAGAUCAAAUGCAAAUGAAUCAACUUGGACAAAGACUUUCAGAAUUAAAAAAUGAAUAUCAACAAAUGAAAACACAAUUUGAACAGCAAAUUAAAAUUCUUGAAGUAAAUGUUUCUCAGCAUGGAGGAAAUAGGCUUUAG